AACAAUAGAGGCAUUGUGAAUGCUUGGCUGGGAUUGGAUGGGGGUUUGCUGUGCGGCUUCAUUAGUCGGUCUCUCGCGCGCGCUCGUAUCCUCUGUCAGUGUGUGUGUGUUGGGAUUUACUGCGCUGAGGUGUUUCUGGUGUGUCAGGUGGAGUUUCAGCUGGAUCCCUGCUGCGAGUGUGUGUGUGUGUUGCUCAGAAUGUGGACGUGAAUCUCUUCUGUACCUAAUGAUGGCGGUUCAGGCUGGUUUGCAGGCUUGGUACGGUGAGAAGUUUGAUGUCCCGUUACAGAGCCCUCGUGGUCCGCGCUCUCCCCGUCCCGGCCCAGGUCUGACUGAUGUGUUCCAGUAUGACCAAUGGUUGGCCGUGCGGCACGAAGCCACGCUGGUGCCCAUGCAGGAGGACCUCGCCAUCUGGCUUAGCGGCAUGCUGGGUGAGCAGCUGUCAGCCGAGCGCUUCAUGGAGGAGCUGGACAACGGCGUCAGAUUGUGUCGAUUAGUUGGGAUUCUGCAGAGUAAAAUCCCAGAGGACUCGGAAACACCGAUGCCCUCAAAGAAAAUCCAGUUCAAGAAAAAUGCCUCUCCUGGAUCGUUUUUCGCGCGGGACAAUACGGCUAACUUUCUGUCCUGGUGUCGUCACAUUGGAGUGGAUGAAACUUAUCUGUUCGAGUCCGAGGGUUUGGUGCUGCAUAAGGAGCCGCGUCAGGUGUGUUUGUGUCUGCUGGAGAUCGGCCGGAUCGUCUCCAGGUACGGGAUCGAGCCUCCUGUUCUGGUUAAACUGGAGAAGGAAAUUGAACUGGAGGAAAGUAUGAUGAUGACUGAUCACUCAUCUCCUGUGAAAACAUUCACUGUGUGCUGUCAACAUGGAGCCAUGUAUCACGCUGAUCGUGCGGAUCAGGAUGAGCCUCCUUGUAACUGCACACAGAAGUUUUCAAUUGAGUAUCUGUCUGAAGGACGAUACAGACUUGGAGACAAGAUCCUGUUCAUCAGGAUGCUCCACGGGAAGCAUGUGAUGGUGCGUGUGGGUGGAGGCUGGGACACUCUGAAGGGAUUUCUGCUGAAAUACGACCCGGACCGUGUGCUGCAGUUCACCACUCUAGAGCAGAAGAUUCUAGCCUAUCAGAAAGGCCCAUCCAGCUCAGGCUCCACCCACAGUUCACAGACAGCACAACCACCAACUAUGGACCCAAUCGCAGCAGUAAACCUCCUCCCGGAAUCCUCCUCUUCGUCAUCUUCAUCCUCCACGACAUCAGUGUAUAAACCCAGCACACCCCGCAGCGUCACCCAGUCGCCCGCAUCCACGCCAUUAAUUGCUCGUAAAGCUGCAGCACCCAAGAAAAUCUUUAACACACCCACAUCUUCCCCUAAAACCACCCCUCUUUCAUCACCCGUCCCAAAGCGAAGCCCCCUUCCCCAGUCUACUCUAUCUGGAGUUUCUCAGAAAGCAGUUCCCAAGACUAAACUGCGUCCACGUGGAUCUCCAUCUCAGCCCCGCAGUCCCGUCUGUCCCGAACCAACAUGCAAACAGCCCAAAUCUUCAGCUCCGUCUGCGCAGAAACCUCCAGCGGGACCCGUCCGCACACGCAUCGCACAGAGACGCCCUCCAUCCCCGGCUUUAGACUCCAAAAAACCCUGCUCUGGUUCCCCUCGGGCUCCUAUUCCCCUUACAAAACCCUCUCAGGGUAAAUCUGUAGAGCAGAGCACAACUGCUAGCAAUAAAACAACCACCAGGAAACCUUUGGUUAGCAGUAACCCGCCUGUUCAGGUUGCUGCUGUGACAAAACCAGCUCCAAUAAACACUAAAUACAGCACACGGACUAAAGCCAGCAAAAGAGACGAGCCCUACUUUGAGAUGAACAGUAAAAGAAGGGGGAAGAACUAAGGAUGCUAGGUAAUAUACACUGUACAAACAAAUCUGUUAAGAGUUUCUGUAUUUUGUGCGUUUUCAGUUUAAUUAUGGAUGUGAAUGGCAUUAUGGGAUGUUGAUCUCUGCUCUGUUGACUUUAGAUGUUGAAAAUUCAACUCUACAAUUUAACAAAAUGACAUUUUAGUCGCUUGAAAUAAUGUAUACGUCAUAAUAUAUCAGGAAAUAAGUGUGUAACAUAACAGAAAAUGUACUGGCAGUUUAUUACAAGGUUUAUUUUGUGUAAUAUACAACACCAACUCAGACAAUAUAGCACUUUAAACUAUUAGAAAUGAUCAUAAAAUUCUGUUUUACACACUUUUCAAGGUUAAAAAGUUGAUCCGGAUCUCAUAAUGCAAUUCAAACGCAGAAAUAAACAGGGGAAAAUUAAAACAGGAAUCACGAAAUACAGAAAGCUGCUCAUUUACAGAUAUUUUGACAGUGUUUUCUUUCUUUGUUUUUUAAUUAGGUGCAAUUCACUCUUGGCUCUAGUCUAGUCGGAUACGAUAUUUAGUUUGAUUGAAUGAAUAUGAGGCAGUUUAAUUGGUUGUAGAUUUCUGAAUCUGUGAGUAAAUGGUUUUAGAAAGCAUUUCUAGUAGACAAGCUAUGAAAAUUUGACUUGGGUACAACCUACAAACGACUUAAUUUUUCUUUGAUAUCAAAUUAAAUUUGCCGCAAACUGUUUUCUUUUGCAUCACUCUGCAAAAAAAGAUUUUCUUUCUUGAGUUGUCUUGUUUAUAAUAUAAAAAUCUAAAAAAUCUUAAAUCAAGAAGCAUUUUCUAGAUGAGUUACAUAUAUUGUCUUGUUUUAAGGAGUAAUAACUCAAGUUAGAGUUUGUUCUUAUAAAAUAACCAAAAUAAUCAGCUAGAGGUGUACGCAAAAUAAACUUAUUUCAAACCAAAAACAAGAUUAUUUUGCUUAUUUUAAUAAUAAACUCACUUAAUUUUAACCCAUUAUUUCUGAAAGCCACACAAUACCUUCUAUUUGUCUAAAAAUGCUUCUUGAUUUAUGGAUUUUUUUAGAUAUUUGGACUUGAAACUCUAAGAAAGAAACCCUUUUUGCAGUGGUCUUUUGUGCCAUACUAAAACACAUCAGGACAUGCCUCGGAUGCAUUUAUUUCUUUUUAAUAUUGAUUUCUAGCUACUGUAAUUAUCAUUAUUUUAGCUAAGAGGUUAUAGGGUUUAAUUUAAGUCUAAAAGGAUGCACGGUUCAUUUAUAUCAUUAUUGUGCUUAAUAUCUGUUACUCUUCUAGGUCAGUUCAUGUUUGUAAUUUUGAUCUGACUCCUGAUUGAGUUCAAUCUGGAUCAUGCUGAUUAUAUAUCAAUGAUGCAAUUUUUUUUACUGUAUGUUGAUGUCUUCCAUCUGAGCUCAUUAGAAAAGCCAGCAGAAAUGAGGGUAAAAGUGUGUGCGUAUAUAUGUGUGUGUGUGUUCAUGUAUGAGCAGAUGCGCUGUGGGCAUUCAGAUCAUGUAAUACUGUAAAACACGUGCCGUUUCCACUUCAUAUUUAGAUUGGGAGCUCUGUUUUACUGUUUACAUAACCCACCAAGCAAUUGUGUGUUAAAUAGACGUCUAAUAGACAGCUAGCAUGGAUGCCUUUGCUAAAACAAGGCAGAAUUUGGACUUGCACUGAAAAUCUAAUAGCCCAAAACUAGACUAAUCAUGAAAGAAAUAGAUUAGAUAUGUUCACAUGUGUUGCUAAUAAUUCAUUCCUGUGUAUUUGAUGACUAGUCUAGAUUUGGGCUAUUCUUAGAUGCCUAUUAAAUUUUCACAGAUGCGCUGUGUGCAUUCAGAUCAUGUGAUACUAAAAAACAUAUUGACAUUGAAAGCAAUGGUUUUACUGUAUUACAUAACCACCAAGCAAUUGUGUGUUAAAUAGACAUCUAAUAGACAUCUAGCAUGGAUGUCUUUGCUAAAACAAGGCAGAAUUUGACCUUUCGCUGGAAAUCGAAUAGCCCAAAACUAGACUAAUCAUCAAAUAAACAGGUUAGAUGGAUUCACAUUUGUAGUUAUAACUAGAUUUGGGCUAUUUUUAGAUGCCUAUUAAAUGUUCACAGAUGCGCUGUGUGCAUUCAGAUCCGUUUCGUAUUUACAUUGAGAGCACUGUUUUACUGUAGUACAUAACCCUACAAGCAAUUGUGUGCUAAAUAGACAUCUAAUAGAGAUCUAGCAUAACUGUCUUUGCUAAAACAAGGCAGAAUUUGGAUUAUCAGUUAACAUCUAAUAGCCCAAAACUAGACUAAUCACCAAAUAAAUAGAUUAGAUAGCAUGUGUGGUUAUUUAUUGCUGUGUAUUUGAUGACUAGUCUAGUCUUGAGCUAUUCUUAGACGUCUAUUAGAUUUUCACAGAUGUGCAUGCAUUCAGAUCAUGUAAUACUGUAAAACACAUGUCGUUUCCACUUAAUAUUUACCUUAAGAGCACUGUUUUACUCUAUUACAUAACUCACUAAGCAAUAGUGUGUUAAUUAGACAUCUAGCAUAGAUGUCUUUGAUAAAACAAAGCUGAAUUUGGAUUUUCAGUUAACAUCUAAUAGCCCAAAACUAGACUAAUCACCAAAUAAAUAGAUUAGAUAGACUUCAUGUGUGAUUAUUUAUUGCUAUGACUAGUCUAGCUUUGGGCUAUUCUUGGACGUCUAUUAGAUUUUGACUGACAGCCCAAAUUUGGCUUUGUUUUAGCCAGGAUGUCUGUCUAUUAGACUUCUUUUAAACACAAAAGGAUGCUUGCUGGGACACGUGUAGAUGCUCUGACACCCCAUAAAUAUGCAGAAACCUUUCUCUACGACAGCCAAAGCAGAUUUAUUUUGUUUGCUUGAAUCUCAAAUAGCAUUUUUAGAACACAUUUUAAACUUUUUAAAUGUAUUUAGGGUUUGUGUGCCUUACAUUUGUGUUUUGUUGGAACGUGUCUAUUGUCAAUGAUCCAUAUUCAAUCUGGAUUGUUGGUUUGGUUUAAUCUGCAUGUGUGUUUUUGAGUUGGUCGGUCAGCCAGCUGUCAUUAAAUAAACACUACAUCCUGUACGGAGCACAAAUAUACUACUGAUACAGUCAUGCUCAAUAACACCUCGGCUAUUAUUAUGCUAAAUAUUUGGUUUAAAGAGUUUAUACAGAAAGGUUAUUAUAUAAAGUAUUGGUUUUAUGAUUGUUUUGGAUUACGGUUUAUUCUUUUAAGUGUUUUCAUGUUGUCAGAUUGUGUGAGAGAAAUUCUUCCAGCACUUUAUGAACAUGUUUGUUUUGAAUGUAGCUUGUUUUUGUUCGUCUGUGCUCUUGAAAUAAAGAUCUAUACUGCA